AUGCUUAUCAAGGUAGCUUGCAUGCAGCUCAUCAAUGCUCUUGUUACGUCUCCUGAUGACUUGGAUUUUAGGCUUCACAUAAGAAAUGAAUUUAUGCGCAGCGGAUUGAAAGAGAUAUUGCCACAAUUGAAAUGUAUAAAGAACGAAGCACUAGAUAUUCAGCUGAAAGUGUUCAAUGAGCAUAAGGAAGAAGACAUGAUCGAAUUCUCUCACCGUUUAGAAGAUAUUAGAUCUGAACUAGAUGAAGUAAAUGAUGUUUACAACAUGGUGUGGAAUACAGUUAAGGACACUAGCGCUGAAGGAUAUUUUCUUUCUAUUCUCCAACAUCUUUUGUUGAUAAGAAAUGAUUAUUUUAUACGUCCACAGUAUUUCAAAUUAAUCGAAGAGUGUGUAUCCCAGAUAGUGUUACAUCGAAGUGGAACAGACCCAGAUUUCACAUAUCGUAAAAGAUUAGAUAUAGAUUUCAGUCACUUAGUAGAUAUUUGUGUAGAUAAAGCAAGAUUAGAAGAAUGUGAAGAGAGGGCUUCUGAACUUUCCAGAAAAUUUGAAAAAGAUUUUGUAGUUCAUCAGGAAACCCAGGCCCUACUGCAGAAAAAAGAAGAAAAAAUCAAUGAACUUGAAGCAGAAUUACAAGCUUUUAAAUCACAGUAUGGAUCCUUGCCACCUGGUUUUCUACCAUCAACACGUGAAGAUGCAUCUAUCAUUCCACUGGAAGCUGCAGGACCACAUCAACUGCCACCUCCUCCUCCUCCUCCACUGCCUUGUAAUGGAGCAAUUCCACCACCACCACCUCCCCCUCCUCCUCCACCACCUUUGAAUGGCUUGGGAAUUCCUCCGGCUUUUGGUGGUGCUCCUCCACCACCGCCUCUACCAGGCCUACCUGGAGCACAGUGGUCUCCACCUUCAUGUACUUUGCCGUUUGGAAUGAAACCUAAAAAAGAAUUCAGACCUGAGGUUACCAUGAAAAGACUCAACUGGUCCAAGAUCAGGCCUCAGGAAAUGACAGAAUCCUGUUUUUGGGUCAAGGCAGAGGAGGACAAGUAUGAGACUGCUGACAUGCUUUGCAAAUUGGAACUUACCUUUUGUUGUCAAAAAAGGGUAAAAAAAGAGGACCAGAGUUUUGAAGAAAAGAAAUCCAUUAAGAAACGAAUUAAAGAAUUAAAAGUUUUGGACCCAAAGAUUGCACAGAAUCUGUCAAUUUUCCUUGGCUCUUUCCGAGUGCCUUAUGAAGAAAUCAAAAUGAUGAUAUUGGAAAUAGAUGAAAAACAGCUGUCAGAGUCCAUGAUUCAGAAUUUAAUAAAACAUCUUCCUGAUCAAGAACAAUUGAAUGCAUUGUCCAAGUUCAAGAAUGAGUAUAAUAAUUUGUCUGAGCCGGAGCAGUUUGGAGUUGUGAUGAGCAAUGUGAAGAGACUACGGCCACGGCUCAGUGCUAUUCUUUUUAAGCUUCAGUUUGAGGAGCAGGUGAACAACAUCAAACCCGACAUCAUGGCUGUCAGUGCUGCCUGUGAAGAGAUAAAGAAGAGUAAAAGCUUUAGCAAGCUGCUGGAACUAGUAUUGUUAAUGGGAAACUACAUGAAUGCAGGUUCUAGGAAUGCACAAACCUUUGGAUAUAAUCUCAGCUCCCUAUGUAAACUGAAGGACACAAAGUCGGCAGAUCAAAAAACAACAUUGCUCCAUUUUCUUGUAGAAGUGUGUGAAGAAAGCCAUCAGGAUGUCCUGAAUUUUGUUGAGGAUUUGCAACAUUUAGACAAAGCUAGUAAAGUCUCAGCAGAAAACCUGGAGAAGAGCCUGAAGCAUAUGGAGAAGCAACUCCAACAGCUUGAGAAGGAUUUGCAGACAUUUCCAAUUCCGGAAGAUAAGCAUGAUAAGUUUGUAGCAAAAAUGUCAAGCUUUCUAGUUCAUGCCAAAGAAGAUUUUCAGAAACUUUCACGAAUGCAUGAGAACAUGGAAAAACUCUAUCAGAAUGUGAUGAAAUAUUAUGCCAUUGAUCUGAAGAAAGUUUCGGUGGAGGAGUUUUUAAUGGACUUAAACAACUUCAGGACAAUGUUCAUGCAAGCAGUAAAGGAGAACAUGAGAAGAAGGGAAGCAGAAGAAAAACAGAGACGUGCUAAAAUAGCUAAGGAGAAGGCAGAAAAAGAAAAACAAGAGAGGCAACAAAAGAAAAAGCGCUUGUUAGAGAUGAAAACAG